CCCCCUGGUGAUCCCAGAGAUGUGCAAAUUGGCACUGCUGGAUGCGCUGGCGUUGCAAAAGCACUCUGCCUAUGCGCAGGAGCAUGUGCUUUUUAAUUGCUCUUUCGCUGUUCCCUGUGUUGAGGGCAUCCCCCACCUCCCCAUGCGGGCUUUGAAAAGGCUGGAGGUUUUCAGCUCUGAUUCAAAGGUAGCCUAGUUUUUGCAACACCAGACGAGGAAGGGUUAAGUGGGUUGAGCCCUCUGGGUCCUAGAGCCGCCCAGAUUGAGCCAGGAGCAGGAAAUCCGUCGUUUUGCAACCGAUCUGGGGAGGAGAAAACUUUUCGGGGUGCAUUUUGAGGGGCGGUGGAAAGGAGAAAGGCUUCGGAGCCAGAGGAUCACCAGGGCAGAUAAAUGAUCCUGUUGUCUGUUUGUUAACAGACGAGGAACAAUCCGUUUUUUUGUUUUUUUUUCCUGUUUGCUUGCAAUACAUCCCAGUGAGUCCAAGCAACUUAUUUUAAGCGAGAAGCCAGGGGGCUUAAACCGAAAACAUGGCUGUAUUUGAAGCACGAUGUCGUCACAGUCCUGCCACAGGAACCAUGAAUGAGUUGGACUUCACCGUUUGUGCUUGAGCUUCAAGGCCCAGCGUUCCCAGCAUUGUCUCACUCAUGACACAGCAGGUGUGAAAUCACAAAGAGGCAAAAACUAUGACGGUCAAGCAGGGAACAGCGAAAACCUUGAGUCUUCGGAGCGAGACUCUGCUUGAACAGUGCUUCUUGCCUGUGGGGAAAAUGGAAGAACUGGAUCCAGCAGAGUCGGUGCCAGAAGAAGACCUGAAGAGCAUAAGAAAAAGACCUUUUAUUAUCCAGGCAGGGACAUCUGAAGAGCUUCUGAGAUGUGUGGCAUUGGCACAAUCCAAGAAUCAAUACCAGGAGACACAAGGGAGUUGGGGAGUCCAGUGGCGGGAGACAGUUGCUCCUGAAGUCACGUCUGCCUCGUCUCCUGCAUGGGGCAACCUUCAAGUGCCUCCGCUUACACCGGCAGAUGACGUCGAAGUCUAUCUGUCCACCUUCGAACGUGUGGCUGAUGCCUGCCACUGGCCAAGAGACCGAUGGGCGCCCCGACUUGCGCCUGCCCUUCGUGGGGCCGCCCGAGAGGCCUACUGCCGCCUCAGCACGAGAGACAGGGAAGAUUACGAGAAGGUGAAAGUCGCCAUCUUGCAUGGCUGCGACGUCGGUAGGGAGUCUCGACGGCGGCGUUUCAGGCAGUUUGGUCUCCAGGAGGCCGAGGGGCCCCGCCAGGCUUGGGGGUGUUUGCGCGAACUUUGCCAUCGGUGGCUGAAGCCUGAUAUCUAUUCUAAGGAGCAGAUUCUGGAGCUGUUGAUCCUGGAGCAGUUCUUGAACAUUUUUCCAGAGGAAGUGCGGACUUGGGUUUGGGAGUGUCAUCCGGAGAACUGUGCCCAGGCUGUGACCCUUGUGGAAGGGCUCACCCUCAGGCGGCAAGGGGCCAAGAGGUCAGACGUGCAGGUCACUGUUCGCAUGAAGGUGGAGGAGGAAGUGAUCUCUGAGGAGGAGAUGGUGUCCCCUGCCUCAUUGUGGGACGUUCCUGGCUCUCAGUCCCACCCUACACACCACUCACAGGCGGCAGCAGGAUGGAAUGAACCCCCCGAAGCACAGCAUGAACUGACUAGAGAAAAAGCUCAGCCUUCACUGGAGUUAGCAGGUACCAGGACUCCCAGCCAGACUGCAGAUAACCCAUCUGAGGAGGACCCUGUCUCCCCAGAGAUGCUCAAGGAUGUAUCGGGGAAUAUGGGUGAGGCUAAAUUCUCAGAAUGGGAGGACAAGCAACUAGGUGUGCAGGAUGGCUCUUCAGAAGACGAACUUACUAGUCAAAAGACAGAGGUUAGAAAGUUUUCAGCAUUCCUCCCUUCUGGAACUCUUCAGACCAGGGAAGAACCGAAGGACAUAGAAAGCCAAACAAAUACCUUCUUCUGGGGAGAAAAACCUCACCAGUGUCGCGAGUGUGGGGAGAGCUUCCGAGCUAAGCAAGAGCUUUCCUUGCACAAGGGGAUCCACAGACAGGAGAGGCCUUUUCCCUGUGCUGUCUGUGGGAAGAGAUUCACCAGGUUGUACCACCUCACCACGCACCUGCGAAUCCAUUCGGGAGAGAAGCCUUACCGUUGCACCGAGUGUGGGAAGAGAUAUGCAGAUGCCUCCAAUUUUUACAAGCACCAAAGGAGCCACGCGACUGAGAAUCCCUACGAGUGCACAGAGUGUGGGAAAACCUUUGGGGACCCGUCCAAUUUUUAUAAACACCAGAAGGGGCACCAAGGGGACAGGCCUUACAUUUGUGACACGUGUGGGGACUGCUUCAGCAGACAAAAGGAUCUCUUUGCUCACCAAAAAAGUCACGAGGAUGGCAGGGUGCCUUCCCUGUAUUGAUUGGAGGAUGGUGGUGGAGUCACCACUCAUUACAUCAUUACAUCAUUUCCUGGAGAUUUAAUAAGCUGUACCCAUGAAGCAGUUUGUGGAAGAAUACACAACACAGCCAGGUCUUCUUGUUGACUCUGCUGAGGUCAUCAUGGGGGUCUGGAAUUGUUGCUGUGGAUCAUGUUCUCCAAGCUUUUGUAAAAUGAGUAUGGGAGAUGCAGGAAUGGGUGGUGGGAUGCUAAGUAAUUUUAAUAACAUGGGACCGCUUGAAGAGCUUUCCUGCGCAAAGUAGGGACGUCGAAAAGUAUGAUGGGCAAAUGUUCAAAUAUGCUUCAGUUGUCUGCCUCUGGAAGGAACGUCAGUGCCUGGCAGUUCGUGGUUCAAAAUGUCCGCUACUAAUCGUUCCAGUAUGGAUGCAUAUUCUGGUGCAGUGAAUGAAAAUUAAGGGAACAAUUUCUUAAGGGGUACAUUGUGCCCCAUGAAUGCUCUAGUGAUAAAAGAUAAGCAUUUGUCUUCAUCUCAGGGAGUUUUUUUAAAUAAACAUAAAUAAAAUGUGAUAUCU